AUGGCGGGCGUGUUGGAGGGGCGCAAAGGCCCCGACGACGAAGGCACCAUCAAUGUUGCACCCAAGAAGAUAGCCAAGGCCAUGGCCAAUGGCGGACUCAAGUUGAGAAGAUCCACUGUCAAGCAGACAAAACCGGGCAAUUGGAGGGAGGGUAUUGUGUCAGACCUGGAAAAGAAGAAGAAGCGAAGCGAAAGUCCUGCUGCUGUACUCGGCUCGCCGUCUUCCGGUACCGUCGUUAACCCACUUGACGACACCUCGAGAGAUACCUUCUCAACAGGCCUCCCACUCGAUGACCCCCUGCCACUUCAACAGUGCAAACAUUGCAAAAAAGGGAUCCUCAAGAAUGCCGCCAAGGAGCAUAUUGCACAAUGCCUCAAAAUCAAGAAGGAAAAGGCACAACGCAAAAAGGAGGCCAGAGAGGCUAGGGAGCGAGCCAAAGAGGAAGCCCGCCAAGAGGAGGCUCGCAAGAAUGAUCCCGAUGGCGACACGCAAAUGAACGAUGAUAGCGAUGACGAAGAUGACGAAAAGAAGGGCACCGGCGGCAAGGCCAACAAGAAAGUCGGUGGCAAGAAGCCAGAUGGCGAGGCCAAGGGCAAAAAGCGCAAGGCUGAGGCCGACGCCGACAAGGGACCCAAGAGCAAAAAGAAGAAGGAAGAACCCAAACCAAAGGUCCCCAAACCAAAAGGUCCCGUCGAUGUCGAGAAACAAUGUGGUGUCAUCCUCCCAAAUGGCCAACCUUGUGCUCGGUCCCUUACGUGCAAGAGCCACUCCAUGGGCGCUAAACGUGCAGUACCGGGACGUUCGCUCCCAUAUGAUAUGUUGUUAGCAGCAUACCAGAAGAAGAAUCAAGCAAAGCAGCAGAAGGCUGCGCUCGAUGCAAAUGCUCCAGUAGCGGAUGAGGACGAUGCGAACGCAGCACCUGUGGAUUCCGACGAAGAGACGGCAGCCGUUAUGGGCGCCCUGGCUCGUUGGAACCCACAACCAGUACUGCCACCGCCCGUCUUCAACCCGAUCAAGCGGAAUUACCAACUGGCACGGCUCCACGAGCAACUACAGACUGCUACAAAUGGCGGACGAUCAAAUAUUUUCAAGGUUGUUGGUUAUGGAGCACACAAACUAUCAGAUGCUCACGCGGAUCUGAAUGUGGACAUGGACGAUGCGCCGGGCGAACCUGAUGUCAUUAUGAGUGCAGAUGAUUCGGCAGAGAAGGAGGGUUUAACACUCAGCAGCCCGGACAAGGGCAGUCCGCGGUCGGCAUCCGCUGUUGCUCCAAGCACAGCUACGGGCAGCGCACCGGUCGAGAGUCCGCUAUUCGAGCCCUCACCCACCCCGUCCACUGCAAAGGAAUUGCCACGCGCUCAGGCCAGCGAUGGGCCCAGGGAGAAGUCGGAGAAAAGCAUAGCCAAGACGAGCUAUGCGGCCCCAGAGAAUACGCCUCGCAGGAAGCGCGGCAGGCCUAGGAAGCAUCAGCGAGCCCCGAAUCAAGGUAAUAGGACUUGA